AUGGACAAGCUACUCGACACCCAGCCCCACAACAGCUUGCUCGUCGGGCCUACUGAAACUUCAGAAGGUGGAGCUGGCUCUACUGCCGCUGUUGAAUUGGUAGCGCAGCGUCGCCUGAGACACUACUUUCUUGAGACGGGCGCCUCUGCGACGGUAUGGAGCCAAGGUCGGCGCAUCAACCAGCGGGUCGCGACCAAUGGCACCACGCGGCGUCAACGGCAAGUGAAGCACACGACACCUGUGUCUGACGUGCUGGCCCUCGCACUCCCGGAUAACCACCGGGGCCAUGCUCUGAAGAACCCGGAGAUGUACAGAUUGCUUGGACUAGACCAGGAGCUCGAGAAGGAGGCUCGGUCAAAGAGCAUCAACCUGCUGGAUCUCCAUCGACACUCGCUUGAGCGUUUCCAGCGGCUGAAGGGCGGGGUUGACCCGUUCCUGGGACAAUCACCCUUCCCCUAUUACAUGCAACAGCCCACGAGGUACAUAACGUCGCAUAUAUCGCCAUCUCCGGAGCGCGUAGCAGCCAUCAGUCCUUCGGAACGUAUCCACUCGGGCGACUACAUGACACCCACAAUCGAGAUACAAGGAAGGCGAGACGAUAUUUCCCCAUCCGCAGCAGCGGUCGACUUCGUGCGCACUGCCCUCGAAAAGAAUGUCGAGUGUGGUCUCUUGGACGUGCGGGAAGCGACCCACUUGCACGACAUCCGUCUGGUGCCCAGCACGGCGGAGUGGGAGGCGCGGGUGGCACCGGGAUAUGCCUUGCAACGGUAG